UACGAGCAAAGGCAGUAUGGCUUUUACUUAACAUUAGUAAUGUCAUAAAAUUUUCGUAAUCUUAAUGAUACAAAGUCUAUUGAAUGUUUUUUGAUUAGUACAGGAAUGUUUUUUUUUGUGAUCGAUCGUUUAUGUAACUAUACCGUACUGAUGCUUGUUUCUUCGAAGUUUACUUGCACGGAUAUUCUUUUGAAAGGUUGAUUCAUCGAGGAAUAAGAAAAGACGAUAAAGGGAAAACCAUCGAAAUGAAUCGUGUCAAGAAACUUCUAUCGAGUAAAGAAACUCGUGAUUAUUUGAUGAGUACACACUUUUGGGGACCAAUAGCUAAUUGGGGUAUUCCAAUUGCUGCAAUCGCCGAUAUACGAAGAGAUCCAGAAUACAUCAGUGGAAAAAUGACACUCGCUUUGUGUUUAUAUUCAGCAAUGUUCAUGCGAUUUGCACUCAAGGUUGAACCACGGAAUUUGCUUCUCUUUGCCUGCCAUUUUGUUAAUGAAGGUGCACAGAUGACCCAAGGUUUUAGAUUCGUUAAACACCACUUUACACAUAAAAAAGAAUAAUAGCAGAUGAAAAAGGAAUAUUUAUGAAUCCUUAAA